GAGCUUGCAACACAAACGAUGCGCUCACCUGGUUUGGGUGCGCCUCUCGUUAUCAACAUACCACUCAUCAUAAAGGAGAGAGAGAGGGAGACCGUGGAUUGUUGUUCUACAACAGAGUUCUUCUCCUGUAAGAGUGAACCCAAUCCAGUAUAAGUGGGACGUGGGAACAUCAAGAUUUUGGGAAUGUCUUCGAAACCAAAUGGGAGCCCGCCUCCUUAUGACAAUGGAUAUCAUGGAAGCAGGGAGCUCUAUGUAGGGGAUGCUCCCCCCCAGCCAGCCUACUCCUACUACCCCGACGACGAGUUCCUUCACUACUACCGCUGGACGUCCCCGCCCGGGGUCAUCAAAAUCGUGGGGGUCAUCAUCAUCAUCCUCUGCGUGGCCAUCUUCGCCUGCGUGGCCUCCACCCUGGCCUGGGACACACAGUACGGCCUGUCGGGCUUCGGCGGGAUCGGAGGAGGUGGCUACGGCGGGACCGGGGGGUACGGGGCGGGGGCGGGCGGGUACGGGGCGGGGGCGGGCGGGUACGGGGGGGGAGGGGGGUACGGGGCGGGCGCCGGAGGUUUCGGGGGGUAUGGAGGGGCCUAUGGCGCGGGGAACGCCUACGGCUACAACUCGCUUGGUGGGAACUACAACGACCCCCGCAAGGGCAAGGGCUUCAUGAUCGCCAUGGCGGCCAUCUGCUUCAUCGCGGUGAUGGUGAUCUUCGUCCUGGUGGUGUCGCGACAGAGCCUGACUCGCACGCGACGCUUCUACCUGGCCGUCAUCAUCCUCUGCGCCAUCCUGGCCUUCCUCAUGCUGAUCGCCACCAUCGUCUACCUGGUGGCCGUCAACCCCACGGCUCAGUCCUCCGGGUCCAUCUACGCCGCGCAGAUCCAGGGCCUCUGCGCCCAGUUCCAGAGGCCGCAGCCCUCGGGAGUCUUCACCAACCAGUACCUGUACCACUACUGCGUGGUGGAGCCUCAGGAGGCCAUUGCCAUUGUGUUUGGGUUCCUGGUGACCAUCGGAUUGAUCAUCCUGCUGGUCUUCGCUGUGAAGACGCGUAAGAUGAUCGGGAGCCGCGGAAAGGAGAACGUCCUGUGGGAGCGUGUGAAAAUGAUUGAUCCGGCCCAGCCAGGGGGCAUAGAGGACUGGGUGAACAACGUGUCUGGGCCGCCGCCGGGGGGGCUGAACGAAUUCCCUGAGAAGCUGGCGGGCUCACGGAACCACCUGGAUGACAACGACUACACCAAGCCGCCCUACACCCCAGAGGUGCCAGCGGAGGAGGUCCCCCUGCAGAGCAUGCCCCCCUACAGCAGCGGCUCGGAGCUUCCCAGCUCCAUCGUCAAGCCCAAAAAGAGGCGGGCCAGACGCCCCCGCCCAGACGGCCAGGACUACGAAACGGACUACAGCACGGCCGACGAGCUGGACGACGACGACGACUUCGACCGCGAUUUCCCUCCCAUCUACAACGAGCAGGAGAGGAAUGAGUACAAGCGUGAGUUUGACAAAGACCACCUGGAGUACAAGGGCCUCCAGGCAGAGUUGGACAGCAUCAACAAGGACCUGUCCACAGUGGACCGGGAGCUGGACAACCUGGCAGAGGGCAGCCCGGAGUACCUGGAUGCUUUGGAUGAGUAUGACCGACUAAAGGCCAUAAAAAGGUCUCCAGAUUACAAGAUUAAGAAGAAGAGGUGCAAAUACCUGAAGGGAAAAUUGAACCACAUCAAGAAGAGGGUCAGUGAAUUUGACAGAUCGUAGAUUGCCUAACCCCUCAACCCACACUGGACUGUCCCGCUUUUUCGGAUGAAAAGCUUGAAGACUCAGGAAAGCCGGCCCGGAGAUGGUUUUUGCCUUUUAGGGCUGAUUUCAAAGACAAAUUCUGUUUUAUAUGGAUAAUCUCUUAGUCUCUGAAACUGGCCCUUAAUCUUGAAAUUAACAAAGCAUAAUGGUCUUUUUAAAACAAUACAUGGAUUUGCUGGGUCAUGCAUGUUCCUGGGAAAACAUUUUUACUAAAGAAAAUAAAUCCUAACACUCAGGCCAGAACAAAUUUGAUUAGUUCACUCACUUUUUUUUUUUUUUUUUUUUUUUUAAAGAUCCAUAUUUCUCUAACCUAUUAAAUGUAAUUUUUAUUUGAGUUUCUUUUAAAUAUUGAGGCAUUUAUGGUUGGGUUCUGCUGAUACAAAGUUGGCAUCCUUUAAUUUCAGUUCAUCCCGUUGCAACAUUUUACAGGAUACCUUCCCAUACUGAAGCAGUUUCUCUUUAAUUUCACAUGACUUAAUGCUCUGGGUACAGAGCAGCAGGAGGUUCUAUUGGGUGCUUGUGAAAGGGGGUGUUGAAAGCUAAGAAAUGUGAGUUAAGCUAGAAUUGCUCAUAUUUUCUCAUUUGUGAUAAAAUAAACAUUUAGUCAACAUUUUAAAAAUAUAUUGAAGUUUUACUUUCUUGGUAUGUACAAGCUAUGAACUGUCAUUGUGUUUCUACAUACUGACAUUAUUUCAGUCUAACAAGUGAACAUAAAUGUAAAUUCAGGUUGAAUGUUGUAUAUAUGUGAAUAUGUCAGUUGUAUUACAAAUACAACUGACAAAAGUUGUAUUGGGUUUCUAAACAGUUUGCAUUUGUCAGUUAAAGUUUUUAUUGUGGGGGUUUCUUUCAACAUUUUGUCUGAGAAUUCCACUCUGAGCCUAUUUAAAAUGCCUGUCUGGCACAGAAGUGGAAGUCGAGCAUUAUCGAUGGGUUUAACGUACUGUUUUUACAAUCGAUAGUCUUUUUAAAAUUAUUAUUCAUUUGUAAACCAUGAUUUUUAAAUAAAAUGUGAUAAGUUUAAGGAA